CACCAGCUAGCAUCUCCUCCGGGCAGCCACCAGAGGAGAAGAUGGAGAAACGCGUGUUUAGAUGUGUGGAGUGUAACGAGGGAGCGACGGAGCUGCACCGGGACUACAGGAACGGAAUCCUGAAGAUCACCAUAUGUGAGUCCUGCAAAAAGCCAGUGGACAAGUACGUCGAGUAUGACCCGGUCGUCAUCUUGAUCGAAUCCAUCUUGUGCAAGACGCAGGCGUUCAGACACAUUCUGUUCAACACGAGCUUGGAUAUCCACUGGAAGUUGUGUGUGUUCUGCCUGCUGUGUGAGGCGUACCUCCGGUGGUCCCGGCUCCACGGCUACGAGCAGAGCAGCGACCCCGCCGACAUCAUCCGCUACACCAAGGAGUGGGAGUUCUACGGCAUGUUUGGACUGGCCGCCCUCGAGCUGUCAGCGUUCUGCGGCGGCGUGCUGCUCUUCCUCUGGCUGGUGGUGGCUCGUCUGCAGGGCGGGAAGCUGGAGCUCCGCCUCCUGGUCCGAGCUCUGCUGCUCUCCUGCUACGGGAAGGUCCUCCUCGUCCCCGCCGUCAUCUGGGAGCACGACUUCUCCCCGCUCUGCCUCGGCCUCAUCAAGCUGUUUGUGCUCACGUCCAACUCGCAGGCUAUCAGAGUGAUGCUGAACAGCAGCAGACGUCUGUCCCUCAUGGCCGUGUGUCUAGGCGUGCUGUCAGAGACCUGCGUGGCUCAGGCCUGUAAAAAGCUUUCAUUGAGCCUCCAGGAGAUGUUGACAGACUGAGACCGAAGUCACUAAUCUCAGGGGAAGGACACGUGAUCGUGGACGUCCACCUGGGACAGAGUGAAACCAACCUUCAGCAUCGGUUCCUGUGAAGCAGAGACGGACGCAGACGCCUUAAAGAAGUGGAGACGGGUUGAAACUGUUCAGUCGGAGAUGAAGAGCAGCAGAAGAUGUUUAUUUCUCAGGAUACAUUGAUUGCAGAUAUUUGAACUGGCAGACUGAAAAGGUGCUGAAGCCUUAAUCUCCUUUUUUAUAUUUUUUGUUUUUUAAGCGGGCAAUGAAUCAUGUCAAGAUUCCAGUGUGUUUGUUUUGUUUUACUUUAUGUGGAAACCCCUGGAGAGGAACUACGACCUGAGGAGCAUCCCAUGAUCUCCAUUACUGUUAAACAUGCUCUUAUUCAUGGGUCACACAAACACAAGCCCCUGAGGUUGUAAAUGGACUAAACGAGUUCUGUGUGUGGACAGGACGCUCUUCACAUUCUUUAGGUCAUUGGUGAAAUUCCCACAUUCACUCACACACUCAAGAUAAAUGUUGAUACACAGGGUUAGUAAAGAAAACCUGUUGACUUUUGUCGUAUUUACUGUUGUCACCGAGCUAAUGAGCCAAAACAAACACCAGAAUGGACACACAACAGUCAGCAAAUUAGAAUUAACAUGGUAACAACACACGCAACAAAUCCUCCGAUUGACAGCUGAUUAUAAAUAUUCGAUUAGACUCUUACAAGAUGUCUGAUUUACAAUAAUCAUGAUGAAACAUGUCUAAGCUUCAAACUUCUCCAGUUCUCCGCCCACCGGCCCUGGAAUGUGGAUCAUGUGUCUGUGAACAGAACAGAUGUUCGAAGCACAAAGUGUUUGUGGAAUGAGGAGAAUUUACUCACUUCACCUGGAAUGUGACAGCUGAGCUUGUCUCGACUCCCAGACGUCUCUGCAGGAGUCGUGAUGUUGUUAUGAACUGAGGCACAUAGGACAAGAGGCCGAAUUUCUACCGGACAAAAACAUCUGUUGCUGCUGAUGGGAGAUAAAUGGAAGAGACGCAUUCAGUGGAAUCUGCUGCAGGCGUCGUGAAUAUAUCAUUAACUCUGACACUUUGUUCUAACGACCAAAAAACGAAUGCACUGUUCUGUCGCUGCUGUAGAUUGUGAGUGAGUCGUGUAGUUCAUCCCCUGAAGGGUCACAGAGAGAAUUAUCACUAAUGACUAUUACCUUGCAAUGCUGUUCCUCUUCCCUUCUUCUGAACCAUCGCCUACAGGCCGGAGUGUCACGAUGAGAGUUUAUUUGCAUUCCCUCGCAAUAGGUUUUGCAUACGCUUUAAUAAUUGACCUUGUCCUCACACUACGAGGAUUUCAGCUCAGCUCUUUGAGUGCAUUUAGUCUGCAGAUACAUUCUAUGGAGCCCCUGAAGGGUGAACUGUCUAACUGGGACCCUUCGGGGGCUCAGUAGCAUAAAGUCAGAAAGCUGUUCUGAAAGAAUAACAUCCUCUUAAACUGACUUUUAAAUAAAAGAGGCUGCCAGUCCUUCAGUUCUUCAUGUGAAUUAAACCUUAAUAAUGAAUUUAUUCAGCAGAGAACCAGAUCGUUUUGUAUUUUUCUACUUUUUGUUUUUCAAAUGUGCAGAGAGAUUUGAUAUUGGAAUAGCUGUGGCUUUCUGUCAGAGACCAGCCCUCGACGUUUGGGUGCGACAUGUGUUCCUGUGUUGAAUUAUGUAAAACUGACUCCACAGUCUGCAGAGAAACAGAUAAAUGUUGCAGCAUGUGCAGCCGGCUCCGUCUGUUACUCACAAGAUAUGAAAGGAGAAAUUCAAAAUGUUUGCACUUUAACACAGUUGCUCAGGGUUGUGAUGUGUUUUUGUGCAUGCGUGUGUUUGCGUGUGCUGCCUCUGCAUAUGGAUACAUGUUAUUACAGGUCUGUGAAUAGUUGAGGAUACAGCACAUGAACGUGGAAUGUGUCCUCGCCCUGGGUGGAUCUGUAACAGAGUCUCUGUGGAAAUCAACAACAUCUCAUUGAGUAAAAAACAAAGAUCUUAAGCUUGGAUUCGUUAAAUCGAUGCACGAGUGUAAAUAAAC